AUGAAGAGAACCGAUAAGAGCUUGCAAGUUCAGGGUGCUGCCAUAAAAAAUUUGGAGAAUCAAAUGAGACAAAUAGCUAAGGCACUCUCAAAAAGACAACAAGGAGCAUUGCCAAGUGACACUGAGAUAAAUCCUAAGCAGUACGUAAUGGUAGUAAAAGUUGUAGAGAAUGAGGAGGUUGGGGCAAUCACUACACGCAGUGGGAUUCAACUUCCAGAAAUCACAGUUGAAAGACGGCCAGAUAAAAUAGUUCCAUAUCAAAAGUUAGAAAAUCUACAGGUUAAGGCAACCAUUCCUGUCAAACCUUAUGGUCUUCUUGUCCCGAAACUUCAUGUCAAUAUCUCAUUGAUUAAAGCUUUAUCUCAAAUACCAAACUAUGCAAAAAUUUUGAAGGAGAUCCUAUCGAAAAAGAAAAGGCUUAUAGAUUUUGAGACCAUCAAGUUAAAUGAGGAGUGUAGUGCCAUCUUGCAGAACAAAUUACAUCCUAAGCUACAAGAUCCAAGGAGUCUCAAAAUACCUUGCUCAAUAGGGAAUGAUUCGAAUUUUAAUUGUUUAUGUGACUCAAGAGCAACUAUAAACUUAAUGCCUUUCUCUGUAUACAAGAAAUUAGGAUUGGAAGAGUUAAAGGACACAUCCAUCUCCCUUCAAUUGGCAGACAGAUCAAUUAAAUACCCACGAGGAAUGGUUGAGAACGUGCUCAUUAAAGUGGGCAAUCUCAUAUUUCCCAUUGAUUUUGUUGUCCUAGAUAUAGAGGAGCCAUAG